AUGGCAGCUCUCAAGGCAUUCACGACAAUUUGGGAAACAUUGCAGGAGCGACACAUGCAGCAUCGGCAGAGUCUGGCAGAGGGUGUUGCCACCGAAAGCAGCAAUGGCCAACAGAGCGCUCCAGCGGAGCUGAAGAAUGACCAAUGUCAAGCGCUGGGCAAAGAGGCCCCACAGCCAGUGGAGUUGAAGGCGGAGGAGAGUUCGGUCAUGAUCUGUUGGGUGAUGACUGUUGAUCCGAUAGUUGCCACCGAAAGCAGCAAUGGCCAACAGAGCGCUCCAGCGGUGGAUGCAGAGUCCCUGUACGUUCACAAGUCUGCCCAUGAGGAGCUGAAGAAUGACCAAUGUCAAGCGCUGGGCAAAGAGAUCCUGAAGAACCUUCGGCUGGAGAAGGCGAUAGAAGUGCUUACUGAAGAGAAGAAGGAAAUCAUGCACGAUUCCGUGGCCAACGUGGAGAUUUAUCUGCAGCAGGUCAUCGAGAAGCAGAUGGGCAAGCUCCAGGUGCUGGUGCUGGUGCGAGUUCAUGGCCUUCGAACGGCCCGUGCUUUACAGUUGUGA